CGACUUCAAUUGCCCCACGCAGCCUCAUUUCACACCACAUCACAGUGUUGAUUCUACGACACAAUCUUUCAUUGGACCAACGCCUUUGCUCAACAGCCACUACUUCUUGCUCUUAGCAUCCAUUAAAUACUGCCCUUUCAUUACCCUAAACUUUUAGCUUCUCUUGGGCAAACCCUUUCAAUGUCUAUCUUGCAUCAACAUGGCUGCCCGUCAAGGUCUCUAACUCAUGUUCCGGCUAGCCCACGGCUGAGUCCUGUUGCACGUCUGACAUGUUCAGCCACCUCCACGACCAAGCCUAGGUCCAGUCGGAACCAGUUGGUCAUUGAGCCACAGCUCGAGACUAAACUGGAUCCGGUCACUCCGGUUAUCCCUACAGCUGGUCCUCCUUCACCAAAUGAUCCAAGCUUGCAAUCAACGUGGUCUCACCGGGCAUGGGUGGCGAGCGGUUGCACCACCCUUUUAUUUUCCCUAGCCAAGACUGUAAUGGCUGCAGUAGAUUCGCAUAUGUGGUUUGAACCUAUGGUAGCAGGCUAUGCUGGGUAUAUUUUGGCUGACCUUUUGUCUGGGGUUUACCAUUGGGGCAUUGACAACUACGGUGGCGCCUCGACUCCGGUUUUCGGUUCACAAAUUGAAGGAUUCCAAGGGCACCACAAAUGGCCCUGGACUAUCACCAGGCGCCAGUUUGCUAACAACUUGCAUGCAUUGGCUCGUAGCAUAACUUUCACAGUGCUUCCUAUAGAUAUUCUUUGCAAUGACCUAGUUAUUCAAGGAUUCAUUACCAUGUGUGUUGGUUGCAUCAUGUUUAGCCAACAAUUUCAUGCCUGGUCUCAUGGCACCAAGAGCAAGCUCCCGCCGCUGGUAGUGGCGCUUCAAGAUGCCAGUGUACUCGUCUCCCGAAAGCAACAUUCUGCACACCAUAGACCUCCAUAUAACAGCAACUACUGCAUCGUGAGCGGAGUCUGCAAUGAGUUUCUGGACAAAAACAAGGUUUUUGAGGCAUUAGAGAUGAUUAUAUUUUUUAAGUUUGGGGUAAGACCCAGAUCUUGGAGUGAGCCUGGAGCUGAAUGGAUAGAAGACAUGGAUGAAGCUCAAUCUCAAGUUACAGUUUAUUGAUUUUUUACUCGAUUUCUGUAAUAAGAAAAUUAUAAACAAACAUUCAAAUGACAUAUGACAAUGAUUUGUUUUUUGUGGAGUUCAGGCUUUGAUGUAUAUACUCGUGGGUUUCUGCUGCAA